AUGCUCGUUUUCCGAAAAGCAAUGGCCUUGCCACGAAUGUCCUAUCUGAGAUCGGUAUUUAAGGUGGAAAAUUAUUUGUUGAGUUGUAGACAUAAUUCUCAAAAUGUUAAUCUAUCUGAUCCAGCGGUGCAGACAUUCCUCAAAAAUUUAAUGCUUGAACACGAUAAUCUACAUACAAAGGCUCGCCGAACUUUCGACGAAACGAAACGUCUCCAUGAAAUAAAACCCAUUGUAUAUGUUCUUGAUCAACGAAUUUCCUUAUACGAUAGCAUUGAGUCACUCAAAGAGCUUAAUAAACGUGAUGGUAAAGAUGAAGAAAUGAAAAAAUUGAUUAAAGAAGAGGCUGAAAUAUAUUUGAAGCGCCUUAAAGAAAUAGAUGAUGAGCUGCAAACAAUAUUAUUUGAGCCUUAUUUAACAGAAGGUGGUGUACUUGUAGAAGUCACAGCUGGGGCCGGAGGACAAGAAGCUAUGUUAUUUGCUAGGGAACUCUUUGAAUUAUAUGAAGCUUAUGCCAAUUUUAAAGAAUGGGAAGUAGAUGUCGCAUCUUUGGAAAAAUCCGACAUAGGUGGUAUAAGAAAAGCUUCAGUGCUAAUUCAAGGUUUUGGUGCUCCUGAGUUAAUGAGAAUGGAGGCAGGUGUGCAUCGUGUUCAAAGGAUUCCAGUUACUGAGAAAGGUGGUCGUAUUCACACUAGUACAGUUUCAGUUGCAGUUCUUCCGCAGCCCACUGAAAUAGAGCUUGAUAUUCCUGAGCGUGAUUUGACAAUUGAAACUAAGAGAGCUAGUGGUGCAGGAGGCCAACAUGUGAACACCACUGAUAGUGCCGUCAGAAUCAUACAUACUCCAACGGGGACCGUAGUUGAAUGCCAAGAAGGAAGAUCACAAAUAAAAAACAAGCAGAUUGCCAUGCAAAAGUUAAGAACAUUAUUGCUUCAAAAGCAGAUAGAAGAGCAGUCAUCAAAACUAAAUUCUGAAAGGAAAUUGCAGGUUGGUUCCAUGAAUAGAAAUGAGAAAAUAAGAACAUACAACUACCCUCAAGACAGAGUUACUGAACAUAGAGAUGGUGGUGGAACCAUGCACAGUCUUAAAACAUUUAUGGAAGGCGGGGAACAGUUGGAGCAGUUACAAGUAUCACUAUUAAGACACCAGCGGUAUCAAGUAAUUAUAUCUGAAAUAAAUGACUUUAUUAAUAGACAAAAGCAAGAAUCUUAA